AUGUCAGAGCUCAUCUCGUCCGAUCGUCAAGGCCGCCAUCAUCGCGACGCCUCGCUCGACACGGCUGCCUCCUCGACGCCCACCAGGCCGCCCAGGCCAUCUAGGGCAUCCACCUACGCCCGCAGCCCGGGCGACGUUACCUCACCCGUCAACCCUGCCCGCAGAAGCCUGCUCGGCAGGCAGAGCGGUCCCACGGACGCCACCCGCGACGACGUCGACCGCACCCCUCGCAAGCUCCAGACACACGGCCUGCCCACGCCUCCCCUCAGCGAGGCCACCAGCAGCGCCAGCGGCAGCGUAGGGCGCGCCCGCAAGGACUCGGCCGAGGAGCCUGCCGCCGCCGCAAAGACACUGGCCAUGAUCCCUGCCGCAGAAGCGCGCGUCGCCAGGUCAGCGUCGGCCACCUCGUCUCGCACCGGCAGCGAUACCGUCGGCGCCCGCAGCCCAAUCGACCAUCAGAGCUCCUUCCAGUCGCCGCGCGUUGGCGCCGACUCGCCCUCGAACGGGCCCUCCCCGAGGUUCACGGCAGCGACUCUGGGGCGGCGUCGCGGCGCCGGUCUCCACUCCGCUCUUGCCGACACUCCGGAGCGGAAUGGCGCUCCGCCCGCUAUGGGUCGUGCUGUGAACCGCGCGCAGUCGAGCCUAGGAAUGCGGUCCAGCUUCGCCGACGAGGGCCGGAGGAGCUCACUCAACAUCAACCGUGCCGGCGACGAGGAUGCGGCGAGCGAGACGCCCGACCGAUCCGAAAGGAAGAAGCGCAGCGCCAUGCACGAACAGGAUGUCACACAGAUCCGGUCCGAGUCCCGCCUAGGGCACAGCGAUCCCAUCGACGAGGACGACACCUCGCCGCGCAAGACGGCGCAUCAAAGCCGAUACUCGCCCCGCAAGUCGGCCGCGCUCUCGCGCAGGAGCCGCUAUCACGACGAGCCUGACCACGAUGCCAUCCAGACAUCUCCUCAGGGUGAGCCGUUCCCUCUACGCAGCCCGCCGCCCACCUACCGGUCGGUGUCGCGCGCCUCUGCAGGAAGGAGGCACGAGGAUGCCUCGCUCGAAAACCGUCCAGCAACUUCGAUCGGCUCUCGCGGAGACUAUGGCGUAGCGCGCCGGUCCCUCGGCGCACAGAUGAACCCAGAGGAAGUGGCGUCAGCCUCGGCGCGCCGACGCAGCCUCAGAGCGGCCGAAGCCAGCGCCGCCGAUGAGGCAUCCAUGCGCCACGAUCCCUCCUCCGCCACGAGGAAGUCGAGUUCAGGUCGAAGCCCUCUUCCCCUCGAGUUCAGGCUUCCCAACAAGGAGGCUAGGAAGGCUUGGCGCGAGGCCUACGCGCGGGAGCAGAGCGACUCGGUCACGAGCGAUGGCAGCGACGCCGGCAAUGGUUUGUCGGUCACCUCGCCCCCACAGGCAAUAAGUCCGAUUAACGGCUCUGUGCGAGCCCCGUCCAGGCAGACGACGACCAACGCCUCGACGGAAUCGUCCUCGGCCACCCGCGCGACGUACAGGAGGAAGCGGUACGCCUCGGACGCGCAGGCGGAUGAGCUGUCUCCGAUCGAGCACGAAACGCGGUCGAGUGGCCAAGGUGGCCGCGUCUCGGUCGACGCCCGGUCGGCCAACCGGUACCUUACCAAGGGCCCCCUGCAGGGCACGCCGCAAAGUGCCAGACGCGGUUCGCACGCCUCCGAGAUAGGUUCUCCGAGCGAGGAAGCUCGCAUGCGCAAGAUAUCGACGUCGUCGUCUAGGUCGCAAAAGUCCUCUGGCGGCGCGUCCGAGCUGCAUCGAACUGCGUCGCGGGCCAGCAUGCGCAAGGUCCACGGCAGGGAUGUCUUCGACGACGAGGUCUUGCCGCCGCUGCCUGGGUCGCGAAGCGAGAGCCCCGCGCUUCGAUCCGACGUCACCUCGGGAUCCGACCGUCUCCGUCUAUUGCGACAGCGUGUCGGUGAGCUCAAGGACGCCGGCGGCACCGGCAGGCCGGGAUGGUGGAACGAGGUAGACGAGCUACGCAACGAGAUCGAAGCGCUUGCCGUGGCCAGCUCCAAGGCUUCCAUCCAGGGGUCGAGGAGCCCGAGCGUGCAAUCGAGCCGCACGCACUCGGCCCUCGGCCUGCACCGCACCCCGCUGGACACUUCGAGGUUCCGGCGCGCUCCCAUGACCGAGCCUCGCAACUCGCGCCACGACCGCUCCUCGACCAUUUCGGACCUCGGCUCCGGUGACAGAAGCGAGCGUUCGGCCGAGACCGAGGGGCAGCGCUACAUCCGGCCGUACAGCCGCGCCACGCUCGCCCGCUCGCACACGCCACACGAUGCCAACGGACGGGCACCGCAGACGCCGGACCCCCACGGUGCGCUCAGGCUGGCUGCAGGCAGCCGCGCCAGCGUCAUCCAGUCUGCUACUCUGCCUGCUACGGCGCGCUUCCCGUCGGGUGGCCACGGCAUGUCGACGCAGCGAGUCCGCUCCGAGGGGUCGAUCGACGGCAGCAAUCCCGUCCACGAUCGGAACAUGCGCAACGCCUUCGACAUGUUUGAGCGCUACUUCUGUGCGGCGCCGUCCACCGCCACUCCGUCGGUCGGCGGCGCCGGCCCGGAUUCGCUCGAGAUGGUGGCGAGCUUCAGCGAGGUCGUAGCCACGGCUUCGGAGCUCAAUGCUGGCCUGCGCAUCCUGAUCCAGGUCGCCCUCGAGGCGCAGGUCGACGCCGAAAUCAGCGAGCGCAACGGCCAUCCGGCCUCGGAACAGACGCUCGAGUGCUUUGCUCGCCUCGACCGCGACCUCACGAGCCUGUUGAAGCACAGCGACGAGCAAGUCCGCAACCUCACCGACGGCCUGAUGGCCGUCACCCGCGCGGAACGAGAGAGGGAUCGACAGCGAAAGGCGGCCGUGGCCGGCGACCAAGGCGCAGGCGCGCGCUCGGCCUCCCGAAUGUCGUCCAUCGCCAGCCCUGCCGACGAACUUCGCAGGAGCCUCGACUCGCGCAGCAGCACCGAACUGCGCAGAAGCAGCUCGACGCUGAUCAGGGAGCCCGCCAGCCCGGCGGGCACCAUCGUGGAGCGAAGCAGCAUCGAGAAGCACGCAGAUCGGUUCCGAGCCAUCGACCGGUCGCCUUACUCGCCGCUUCAGGGGAAAGCCAGCGCGACAACCUUUGGCGGCACGCUUACCGCCAGCCAGAUCAGGAGCAUGGCGCCUGCCAGCAACGGAAGCAGCCACUCGCGCUCCGCCUCUGAGUUUUCGCCCCAGACACGGCUCCGCCGUGAGAAGUCGACGGUCAUGGAUACCGUCAAGAUGCCCGCGCUGAGCCCGCGCCGGCCCAAGCUGAGCUUCCCGAGCGUCUCGAACGCCACCGCGUCUUUCAAUCCGACGACGGCCCAGGGUGAUGCCCAGCUGGUCGACUCGCCGAUCUUGGCCGACGGCAUCGCCUUUCCGACUGCGCAGGACGCGUCCGCCACCCACUCGCUUUCCCGGGCACGCAGGCUGGCCAGGGAGCCGACAGAGCUGCCAGACGCCGGCGCUGCCCCUUUCCGCAGCACCGAGGCAAGGUCUGCCGUCCACAUCGCCGGCUCGCCCUUCGCUUCUGGCCAUUCUCGCCGCAACACGGUGGCCGGCACUGGUGCCGAAAAGGCCGAGGCGAGCGGGCUGGGUAUCGACCCUGCCUCGCCCGAAGCGACUCGUCGCCGCGGCGUCGACGAGGUCAAGAGGAGCUCACGCUCCGAACGGCCGCCCCGGCCGCCCCGGCACGACCUGAUGCGGAGAGACACCGAGGACGAGGCACCGCACCUGUCCACUGCCGGCGCCGAGCCGAGCGAGGACCACGCGGGUGAGGAAAGGGACACAUCGGGCAUCUCGCGGCUCGGCAGCCUCUCGCGCAGCUUUGGCCGCAGCGCCGCUCGACGCAUCUCCAAGACGUUUGCCGUCGGCGCCGAGUCGGAGGGCGGGCGCAGCGUCGAAGAGGCCCAGGCCUAG